AUGUCUUCCAACGGCAAGAAGCGUGCCAGCUCCGGCAGGUUAUCGAAGACUCCAACGAAGGGCUCUCCCGCAAAGAAGGAUGCGGUCAUCAUCAUUGGAAUUGACUUCGGCACAACCUACUCAGGAGUCAGUUGGGUUCGAUCUGGGCAGCCUAACAACAUUGAGGUCAUCACGAACUGGGAGACCCAAAUGAGCUAUGCUGGGGACCAAGACAAGACCCCAACUAAGAUUCUUUACGGAGGGCCGCAGGAUGAUGCUACUUGGGGAUACGACAUUCCGACGGACACUGAAAGGGAGCCCCUUCAGUGGUUCAAGCUAUUGCUAGUUGACCAAGAAGACCUCCCCGAGCAUCUGCGCGAGUCUGCCAAGAUCGCCAAGGCGAGAAAGCUGGUCCAUGAUUGCAACAAGGAUCCAGUUGAAGUCAUUAGCGGCUAUCUUCGUCUUCUCUGGAAUCAUGCUAUUGGAUGUAUCACCAAAACGGCCGGACCUAAGCUCGUUCAAAUGAGCAGAUUCCAGGUCAUCAUCACUCUUCCUGCUAUUUGGCCCAGUUAUGCCAAAUCCCGCAUGCGCCGAGCCGCUGAAGAUGCAGGAGUGCUGAAAGUGCGCGAGGCCGGAGAAACCACUCUGUCUUUCAUCGCGGAGCCCGAAGCUGCAGCACUGGCAACCAUUCGGGAUCUUGGUCUGGGUGAAGGAAGACCUGAUAUCGAAGUCGGCGACCACUUUGUAGUAUGCGACGCGGGCGGUGGAACGGUGGACCUCAUAAGCUAUGAAGUUCUCAGUCUUGAUCCUGUGGAGGUGCGAGAGUCAAUCAGAGGUGACGGUGAUCUUUGCGGAGCCGUUUUCCUCGAUGAAGCAUUCGUCGAACUCCUCAAGCUGAAGGUCACCCCCGCAGCCUGGGACAACAUGUCAAAAGAGCAAGCCGCCAGAGUUCUGCACAUCGACUGGGAGAACGGCAUCAAGAAAAAUUUCGAAGGCCAGGACAAGCGUUGGAAUGUCUCGCUGCCUUUCGAGUGCCGGAUUCCGGGGUCAUCCAAUCGGGGUGUGAAGCGCAAGAGGGACAUAAUCUUGAACCGUGAAGACUUGACACCUGUCUUCGACCCUAUUGCCGACAAAAUUUCUGCGCUUGUGAACAAGCAGCUUGCUGGAGUCUUCAGCAAAUCGGGCAAGAAACCCCAGCAUGUCAUGCUUGUCGGGGGUUUUGGAAGAUGCAGAUACGUCCGGGAGCGACUCCAACAAAACAUUGGAGACGACAUUUCGAUUCUCCAAUCUUCCGGCCACACAUCUGGCUCCGCAUCUUGGACGGCAAUCUGCCGUGGCGCUGUCAUUCAUGGCCUUGCCCGCCAGAACUUGACUCCUGAGUUUUCCAUCAGCGUCAAGUCUCGAGUCUCUCGAAUGAGCUAUGGAGUCACGUAUCACAGCAAAUUCAACCCUGCCAAGCACGAGGAGCGUCACAAAUUUUGGUGCCCCCUAAAGAUGGUGUAUGAAGCGUCUCACCAGGUGGAAUGGUUUCUCAAGAGGGGUGACGAUGUGUCCACUGCCGAGCCUGUUCGUUUUGAUUGGCAGAUGAUUUACGAUACAGCUCCUGGAAAGAUUUCCACCGAGUUGUCAUCAUCCGAGGCCUGGCCUGUCCCCAAGGUUCAAGACGACACGGUCAAGGAGCUGUGCAAGGUCAAGUGGAGUAAGAAGAUUGACUUCGAAUCCCUUCCGACUGAGGUCAACCCCGUCGGUAAGGUUUUGCGCAGACUGGAGUUUACCACGGAGAUGACCUGCGAUGGUGUCAGCGUUGACUUUACUGUCAUUCAUGGCGGCAAGCGCGUCGGUGCCAAGAAUGUCGAGGUGGUCUUCAAGGACGAGGAGUGA